UGGCGCGUGAGUUUAGCUAAGGAUUUCUAGUUGCUCACGAUCCUUCUUCUCGCUAAUACCGUCCAUACCUAACCGUGAGGCGGGCACAUAGAUCCCACGCCUGUCCUCACCUUCGCCUUUGCCGUCACGGCACACUACCGACAAGAUGGACGACCUAGAGUCUCUCGAGCUUCUUUCGCUCGUGUCGAAAGUCACGUCGGAAUUGCAGAACCAUCUGGGCAUCAGCGAAAAGACUCUCGCCGAGUUCCUCAUCGCCCAGCGUCUAGAAUGCGCCUCGCUCUCCCAGUUCAAGGACAAGAUGGCCUCUGUGGGCGCCGACUUCCCGCCCAGUCUGAUCGAGAGCAUAGACCGCCUCGUUCUUACUAUGCACCCCAAAUUCAAGGGCCAGGCGAACGGCACCCACGACAAAGAAGACGACGACCGCCCCUCGCGAUCAACUGGCGAGAAGAGCAAAGUGUUCAGGGGCCUAGCAAUCCCCGACAAGGAGGCCGACGCGAUAGAUGAUACGCUGGCCCUCUUGGAGAGCCUGGAGCCCAAGAGAGGUGACAAUAGGCGAUCCGCGCGAAAGAGGAGUCGCACGCCCGACGACUACAGAGACGAUGGGAGGAGGAAGCGGAAAGACAAGUAUCGGUCCAGGUCACGGUCCAAAUCCCCGCCCAGAGGUCGCCACAAGAACAGCCGCUACGACGAAGACGACGAAAUGUUUCGGCGACCCCCUGCGAUCGCGCUCGACAACACACCGGUGCUCUAUAAGGUGUACGAAGGCCACGUUACCGGUCUCAAGGACUUUGGCGCCUUCGUCAACCUGCACGGGGUGAGGGGCAAGGUUGACGGGCUGGUGCACGUAUCGGCUUUUGGGCAGCGCAUCAGCCACCCAUCGGACCUGUUGUCCAAGGGUCAGGAGGUUAAGGUCAAGGUGGUAAAGAUUGAAGGCACAAAGAUUGGCCUCUCGAUGAAGGACGUCGACCAAGAGACGGGCAUGGACAUGGCACCAGAGAUGAGGAUCGGGUCGGGCGCCAACGGGGAGGCUUUAGGUGGCGGCAGGAAACCUCCCGGAGCUAUGGACGACAACAUCAACGGCUCGUUCCAGGCGACUGCGAUUGCCCGGCAGAAGCAGAAAAAGCGCAUGACGUCGCCGGAGAGGUGGGAAAUUCGGCAGAUGAUUGCUGCAGGGAUCGCGAAGGCCUCGGACUAUCCUGAUCUUGAGGAUGACUACCAAAUGACUCUCAAAGGCGAGGGCCAUAUGGAUUUGGAGGAGGAGGUUGACAUCGAAGUCCGGGACGAGGAGCCGCCUUUCUUAGCCGGCCAAACCAAACAGUCACUCGAGCUGUCGCCAAUUCGAGUCGUCAAGGCUCCCGACGGUUCGCUCAACCGCGCAGCUAUGGCAGGAACGAACCUAUCCAGGGAGAGGAAGGAAUUGCGGCAGCAGGAAACCGAACCAAACGAGGAUCAGAGCAAGGUGGACCUAUCGUCGCAAUGGCAAGACCCCAUGGCGAACCCCGAUCAGCGGAAGUGGGCCGAUGAUCUGAAGAAGGGGACUGUCGCAAAACAGGCCAACCCUGACGCCGUGCCCGAGUGGAGGAAGGUUGUUGCACCAAGAGAUCAGUCGCUCGGCAAGCGGACAAACAUGACAAUCAAGCAACAGCGCGAGUCUCUGCCAGUCUUUGCCUUCCGAGACCGACUUAUCCAGGCCGUCAGGGAGAACCAGAUCCUGAUUGUCGUUGGUGAGACUGGUUCCGGAAAGACCACACAGGUUACCCAAUACCUGGCCGAGGCCGGCUUUACCAACAAUGGAAUGAUCGGGUGCACGCAGCCCCGCCGGGUGGCUGCCAUCUCCGUCGCAAAACGUGUCUCCGAAGAAGUCGGAUGCCAACUUGGCCAUGAAGUUGGUUAUACUAUCAGAUUCGAGGACGUCACUAGCCCGUCGACCAAGAUCAAGUACAUGACUGACGGCAUGUUACAACGAGAAAUCUUGAUCGACCCUCUCUUGAAGCGGUAUUCGGUCAUCAUGUUAGACGAGGCCCACGAGAGAACAAUCGCCACCGAUGUUCUGUUUGCUCUCUUGAAGAAGACAGUGAAGAGCCGUCCGGAUCUCAAAAUUAUUGUUACGAGCGCCACGCUAGAUGCCGACAAGUUUAGCGAGUACUUCAACGCGUGCCCUAUUUUCACGAUUCCCGGGCGAACUUUCCCUGUUGAGAUCCUCUACUCUAGAGAACCGGAAUCUGACUAUCUUGAUGCUGCCCUGACAACUGUCAUGCAAAUCCAUCUCACUGAGCCCAUGGGCGACAUCCUUCUUUUCCUGACUGGCCAAGAAGAAAUUGACACAAGCUGUGAGAUUUUGUACGAACGAAUGAAAGCGCUGGGUCCAAACGUGCCUGACCUCCUCAUCCUACCCGUUUAUUCUGCGCUUCCCAGCGAGAUGCAAAGUAGGAUCUUCGACCCGGCGCCACCAGGAAGUCGCAAGGUCGUCAUCGCCACCAAUAUUGCGGAAACUUCGAUUACGAUUGACCAUAUCUAUUACGUCGUUGAUCCUGGCUUCGUCAAGCAGAAUGCCUACGACCCGAAGCUUGGAAUGGACUCGCUCGUUAUUACCCCUAUCUCACAAGCCCAGGCAAACCAACGAGCUGGUCGCGCUGGUAGGACUGGGCCGGGAAAGUGCUUCCGACUGUACACCGAGGCAGCUUUCCAGUCCGAAAUGCUCCCAACAACUAUUCCCGACAUUCAGCGCCAGAAUCUUUCAAACACCAUUCUCAUGCUGAAAGCCAUGGGGAUCAACGACCUACUCCGCUUCGACUUUAUGGAUCCGCCACCUGUCAAUACUAUGCUUACAGCACUCGAGGAACUGUACGCACUGGCUGCACUAGAUGAUGAGGGUCUCCUGACGCGACUUGGGAGGAAGAUGGCUGAUUUCCCCAUGGAUCCAUCCCUCGCCAAGGGCCUCAUUGCGUCGGUCGAAAAGGGCUGCUCGGAUGAGAUGGUCACCAUUGUGGCGAUGCUCAACUUUCCGAACGUCUUUUAUCGUCCCAAAGAAAAGCAAACUCAGGCAGACCAGAAGAAGGCCAAGUUUCACGACCCCCAUGGCGACCACCUUACCCUUCUCAACGUGUACAACUCGUGGAAGACCAGCGGCUAUUCCAGCCCUUGGUGUUUCGAAAACUUCAUUCAGGCCCGCGCCAUGCGUCGAGCAAAGGAUGUGCGAGAUCAGAUUGUCAAGAUCAUGGAACGACACCGACAUCCCAUCAUCAGCUGCGGACGUCAGACGGAAAAGGUGCGGCAGGCUUUGUGCCACGGCUUUUUCCGCAAUGCUGCCCGAAAAGACCCCCAAGAGGGAUACAAGACGCUGAUCGAAGGCACGCCUGUCUACCUACAUCCAAGUUCGGCCUUGUUCGGGAAGCAGGCCGAGUGGGUGGUGUACCAUGAUCUCGUGUUGACCUCUCGCGAAUACAUGCACUGGACAACGAGCAUUGAACCGAAGUGGCUUGUGGAGGCUGCACCUACAUUUUUCAAGGUGGCUCCCACAGACAAGCUGUCCAAGCGGAAGAAGGCCGAGAGAAUUCAACCGCUGUACAACAAGUUCGCGGCGCCAGACGAUUGGCGGCUCAGUGCGCAGCGCAGAGCUGGCAGGUCGGGAGGAGGCGGUGGAACCUGGGGCUAAUAGACAUGGUCAGGACUUUGUGCAGCGUCUAGCGAAUCAGCUCAGACAGGCACACCUUUAGGAAUGUAUUAGGUCUAGUUUAGUAUUCACUAAUCCGGGAGCGUGGCAAUAUAGAAAUAAGAUACCCAUUGUGAGCUGACAUUCUUUUCU